ACCGCACCAACAACCAUGACCGUAGCUCCAAUAACCACGACUGCAGCUCCAACAACCACGAGUGCAGCUCCAGCAAGCACAACCGCCGCACCAACAACCAUGACUGCAGCUCCAACCAUCACAACAGCAACACUAACAACCACAACCACAGCUCCAACAACCACAACAGCCACUCCACCAACCACAAUUACAACUCCAACUUCAACAACCACCGCACCAACAUCCACAACAGCUGAGGCAACAACUACGACUGCAGCUCCACCAACCACAACAGCAGCACCGACAUCCACAACAGCCGCACCAACAACCACAACUACAGCUCCAACAACCACAACAGCCGCACCAACAACCUCGACUGCAGCUUCAACAACCACGACACCCGCUCCGACAACCAUAACAACAGCACCAACAACCACGACUGCAGCUCCAACAACCACAACAGCCGCACCAACAACCACGACUGCAGCGCCAACAACCACGACUGCAACUCCAACAACCACAACAGCCGCACCAACAACCACGACUGCAGCGCCAACGACCACUACACCUGCUCCAACAACCACAACAGCCGAACCAACAACCACGACUCAAGCUCUGACAACCACUACACCUGCUCCAACAACCACAACAGCCGCUCCACCAACCACAAUUACAACUCCAACUUCAACAACCACCGCACCAACAACCACAACAGCCCCAGCAACAACCACACCUACAGCUCCAAAAUCCACAACUGCCGCAUCAACAACCACACCUGCAGCUCCAAUAUCCACAACUGCCGCACCAACAACCACAACCUCCAACAACCACAACAGCCGCACCAACACCAGCCACCACAGCACCUUCUCCAACAACCACAACUACAGCUCCACCAUCCACAACCACCGCACCAACAACCAUGACCGUAGCUCCAAUAACCACGACUGCAGCUCCAACAACCACGAGUGCAGCUCCACAACACUAACAACCACAACCACAGCUCCAACAACCACAACAGCCACUCCACCAACCACAAUUACAACUCCAACUUCAACAACCACCGCACCAACAACCACAACAGCCCCACCAACAACCACACCUACAGCUCCAAUAUCCACAACUGCCGCACCAACAACCACAACUGCAGCUCCAACAGCCACAACUACAGCUCCAACAUCAACAACUGCCGCACCAACAACCAUGUCUGCAGCUCCAAUAACCACGACUGCAGCUCCAGCAAGCACAACCGCCGCAGCAACAACCAUGACUGCAUCUCCAACCAUCACAACAGCAACACUAACAACCACAACCACAGCUCCAACAACCACAACAGCAGCUCUGACAACCAUAACAGCCGCAACAACAACCACAACUGCAGCUCCACUAACCACAGCACCUGCUCCAACAACCACAACUACAGCUCCAACGUCAAUAACCACCGCACCAACAACCAUUACUGCAGCUCCAACAACCAGAACAGCAACACCAACAACCACAGCUCCAACAACCACAACAGCAUCUCUGACAACCAUAACAGCUGCAACAACAACCACGACUGCACCUCCAACAGUGACGGCCCCUUCCCCAUCAACCACCAAAGCCCCACCCUCCACCACUGCCCUUCCAUUCACCAUGACCGCUCCUUCAUCAACCACAACAGCAGUUCAAAACACAACAAUCCCUCCAACAACUGGCAGGGAUACAGUAAUGAGAUAUGUCACAUUCAGAUCACUUCAGAGCAAUUUUGAAACAGACUUGUUGAAUUCAUCAUCUGCAGCCUUUAUAAGUCGAUCUUUAAUGAUAAAGACACAGAUUCAACCUGUUUACAGUAAGGCCUUCCCCUCUUCCUUUGUCUCCUUGGAUGUGGUGAGCUUCAGGAAGGGAUCAGUCAUCAACACCAUGGAACUUCAGUUUGUAAACUUUUCUGUCCCAAACUACACUGAGAUUAGGAAUGUUUUGAUCGGUCAAGCCUCAAAUGUGAGCGGCUUUGACAUCGAAAGGGCCUCCAUCAACAUCAGUGACACUGCUCCAACAACAGCCACUCCACCAGAAACAACUGCAACUACAACAACAGUUGCAGCAACUCCAACCACUAUCCCAACUACAAAAGCACCAACUGGACCUGUCCAAAUUGUUCUGUUUCUACAGUUCCUUGAACCAUAUGUACCUGAUCUCGAAGACCCCAACAGCAUUGCAUAUCAAGAUCGCAAAAAACGAGUUGAAGAGACAUGUGAUAGAAUAUACAGAGCACAAUUUGCUAACUUCAUCCGUGCCAUUGUGAUUCGGUUCAGAUCUGUUAUAGUCCAAAAACGAGUGGAUAGAACUGAGGCAUUGGUGGAGCUUGUGUUCAAUCAAACAAUUCCCAAUGCACAAGUCCCAGAAAAUAUUACUAUUGUUCAAGCUUUAAAAGAUGCUAUUAACAGUUCCAGCAUUAAUUUCACCAUCCAAAUAGUUCCUGAGACAGUAUCAGUAACUUCUGUUCCUGUCAUUGUCACGGACAAUUCCACCACACCUCUACCAACCACUGUCACUUCCACUACUGCUGCACCGACUACUAGUUCCACUACUGCUGCACUGACUACUAGUUCCACUACUGCUUCAGCUACAACUGUUGUACCUACAACUACAGUUUCAAGUGGAGUAUCCCACAAGAUUAAUCCCAGAAUUGCUUUCCUCCUGCUGCUGUUGUUAUGCCUUCUAUCAAGCCAGCAAUAGCAUCUGUGCUGGUUUCCAUGUGAAAGGCCAGCAGAACACGAUCUCUUUUAAUAAUGAAAUGAAAAAAAUGUAAUGUCAGCAGAAAUCUGAUAUGUUAUUAUUUAUAAGGGUUGUUGGGUUUGUUCAGGUGCACUUUAGUUGGACACAUCAGAAAGAGUAGCUCUAGUAUGUUUUUAUCUACAUUAAAAUAUUUUCGGGUGGGAAUGACCCUGCCCUGAACAGAAUGACACAAACAAUUUUAAGCAUCCGGUUAAUUAAAUCACCAAUAAAAAAAUUAGCCUGACAAUGCAUGGGCAAAACAUUUAAAUAUAUACUGUGGGUGCCCCGUAACAUAGAGGCUUAGUAAUUAGUACUAUGCAGUGGCCUGAAAUUAAGUGAAGUCCAGGUCUUUUGCUUGUAAGUGUAUCUUUAUCUUCAUGUCUGUUAACUAUUCCUCUUUCAAAUAUGAGGCCAAAAGAACAUAAAUUCUUCUUUUUUUUUCUUCCUUUCAUCUUUUUAAUAUAAUUAUCGACAGCAUUUUUUCUUUCUUUACAUCCAUUCAUUGUUUCUAAAUGCUUGUAAAAUUAUAUAUUUUGAGUUCUAUUUCAUAUAUAUCAUACACAGUAUAUAUCACAAAUUACAUGUAAUAGUGUUAAGAAUAGAUCUUCAGGUGUCCCAAAACAUGCACUGUCACUUUUCUUAUUUAUACAAAUGUAUUUUUAUAAGUAUCUUUAUAUGUAUUCUGUGAAAUUUCUUUUAAUUUGCACAUUUUCUGUAAGAAAAGUCAAAAUGACCAGAAUACAUCUUUAUGAGAAAUUAACACUGUUAAUUAACACUAUUUAGAUUUGGGUAAAUAAAAAGAAAAUCAGGAAACUUUCAAGAUGUGCAACAACUGCAUGUAAAAAGCUUUAAU